AUGAAUCCAAUGGUGAGAAGGCUUCUUAAUGCCUCCAGUGGCGGAUCUUUACCCGAUAAAACUCCAACUGAAAUCUGCAACCUAAUCAAGAACAUGGCUGAAGAUUUUAAACAUUUAAGCCAUGAUGAAGAAUGGUACACAAAUGUACCACGAGGCGUAAAGGAAGUCCAAACUCCUCAAAUUGAAGAUCAAUUGUACGAGCUGACGAAAUUUGUAAUGAUGUUGGCUAAAGACAAGGGUGUGAAACCCACACCCCGCCCUUGCGGUAUUUGUAGUCAAGUGGGGCAUCCAACCAACAUGUGCCCUCAACUUCAAGAGGAGGGUUAUGAAGAAGCAAAAGCCAUGGGAGGCUAUUCCACAUCAAAUCGAGGAUAUGAUCAGCCACGAGGUGACCGAAGAUGGAACAACAAUAAAGGUUGGGGAGGAAAUCAACCGGGAAGUUAUCAAACAAGUCAACCACAUCAAUACCAACAAAGACCACCUUUUACACCACAAAACUUUCAGCCAAGGCAGCCACAACACCCUCCUCAACAAGCGGGUUCAUCAAGAAAGUUGCCUGCCCAAACUGAAACGAACCCAAGGCACAACGUGUGUGCCAUCACAUUGAGAGGCACGAAGAGCUACAAUGAUCCAAAAGUGUCGGUUGAUCAAGAGGAAGAAGAAAUAGUGGUCGAAGAGGAAACCAAAGAAGAGAAGAAGAAGGAUAAAACAACCAAAAAGAAGUCCUUCAUCACUGAAUCUAAAGCCACACCUGAUCCAUUUCCCGAAAGUUUAAAGAUCACGAAGAAAGAAUAG